CGAAAGAAAACAAAAAAGAAUUAAAAAACUUUAUAAACCACUCCUCACACUUCCCCCACCACCGAAUUCCACAAAUUUCACUCCCUAAACAAAACCCUUUUCUUCUGCUCUCUACCUUCACUGAUCUCACUGUAAUCUGUAAUGACUUCUCCAUCAACAUCAGCAGUAGCACAACCACCAUCACCAAUAAUAUUAGAUUCAGAUUUCAUAGUUAUACUAGCAGCGCUACUAUGCGCCUUAAUCUGUGUUAUUGGCUUAGUUGCAGUAGCUCGUUGUGCUUGGCUUCGUCGAACGAAUGGAGACAGCGAUAAUAAUCCUUCAGCUUCAUUACAAUCACAAGCGAAUAAAGGAUUGAAGAGGAAGAUUCUUAAAUCAUUACCUAAAAUCACUUAUGACAAGACAUUGUCGAUGGAAGAUUGUGCUAUUUGUUUGAGUGAAUUUGAAAUUGGUGAUGAGAUUAGAGUGUUGCCUCAAUGUAAUCAUGGAUUUCAUGUUACUUGUAUUGAUACUUGGCUUGGUUCUCACUCUUCUUGUCCUUCUUGUCGUCAGAUUCUUGUUAUUCCUAGAUGUAAAAAUUGCGGUGGAUUUCCAAAUACUUCUUCUUCUUCUUCUUCAUCUUCUUCUUCUGUUAAUCAUCAUCCUCCUCCUCCACCUCCACCUCCUCAAGUACUACUACAACUUACUGAAGCUGAAUUGAAGGCUAGAGAAGAUCAUAUUAAUCGAUUUUUGCCCUGAAAUAUGAAGGGUUCUUUCUUUUA